GCAAAAAGAUUACCCCAGGAAGUGCGUGUUGGGGGUGUGGUAGCAAAAUAAACAGCAGUGCCUAGGACUUCACUGCCACCAGCAGGGCCCAGAAGAAGUGCAGGCCUGGAGGGAGCUGGGAGCUGCCUACGGAAGCCCCGGGUGAGAGGAUGACACUUGCAGCUAAGCUGCUUCUGACCUGCGCCCACCCACCUUCCCCCCAGUUUCAAAGAUUUGUAAGAGCCACUCUUCCUCUCUCAAAGGUAAGAGUUCCUGCCCUAAAGCUCAAAAUGAGGGGUUUGGCGGACAAACUCCAAUUAAGAGACAAAACAAUCCCUCCUCCCUUCCCCCCAGGCGUCAUUUCUGUUCUGGGAUUUGCAGUAUUUCCAUGGGUGCAGUGGAGUGUGACCCGGAGAUGGCAAUUUUACGGCUGUGUCCAUCUGCAUCUUACUUCACCCAGGGCGUGGGUCAGACCCCUCCAGCCGGCCACCUCGUGCCACCAAACCAGGUAGCACUGUCCUGCAUCCACUGUGGCCACACCUGGUAGAGCCAAUUCAAGCUUUGCAUGGACUUGGAACAGUGGCCAAUCGCCAACUCUGAUCUCCAGCACCUCGCCCUAAUCCGUGGUCACCUGCAUAUUGCCGGACCUUGCGCGGGGCGGCGUGCAUCGUCAAGGCCCGUGGGGGCCUGAGAGAGGGUGGGCCUGCGGAAUGGCCCAGGAAAGCUCCGACGCUGGAGCAGGAUGGACCCCAUGGAGGCUGAGAGACCUUGGGAGGGCUCCCGGCGGAUUUCCGCUCUUGGAAAGGUUCCACAACCACGCGACAGAGAGCACGUGAGUCGCACCGCCUCCCUAUAAAAACCCCCGCUUUGCUGAGCGUGAGGAGCGGAGCGAAAGGAGCAGCAGAGUAGGGCCACCUGCUCCACAAGAGACAGGUUGGCGGUGACACUCCUUCCAAGACGCCCCAAACGGCGCCACGUUUUGAUGCUUCAGACUCGCGGGGUUCAGGCCCAGUGCGUGUGUCUAACUUUGAUGCCGUAUUCCCGGCACUUAGGCAAAGACGUGCAGACGCCGGCACCCGUGUAUUCCCGAAAAUGCUCAGGGCUUCUUUGACCUUUAGGAUAGGUGGCGGAGUAGCAGGGACCUCGGGCUAAUUUCUUUCCUGCCCUCCACCAAGGAGGCAGCCGCCUGCGCUCGGGAUCGUCUUUAGUGAAGCCCAGAAGUCCCUGAGUAGUCGGAGGCCCCAGCCCCUGCCGCCCUUUAAACCGCGGGAGGCAGCUUCCGAUAAACUCCGGACGCCUUUCGUAGACAAAGUUUGGUCUCCAUCCCACGCCCUCUCGGUCCCACCUCCUGGGCAGCCCCCUCCUCCCGCGGCGGGCACAGGCGGGGAGAUGGCCGUGGACUCGGCGACAGGCGCGGGCGCUUCCUGGCGCAAAGGGGCGCCGCGCGCGUAGCCGCCGGCACGCUGACCUCCCGCUACCACCAGCUGCUGCGCCGAGCCCCGGCAGUGAGCGAGGGCGGACGCCCAGUGGGGCAGGAGGAGGCGGCGGCGACAAAGGCCGGAGGGUCCGUAUGGCCACUCCCCGCCGGCCCCUAGCGUGCGCCACGGAGCUCGCCGGCGGCACCUCGGGCUCGGAGCGGCUCUGAGCCGCGCAGCCUGCGGGGAUCGACCUCGCCGUUCCGCGGAGCCGCCGGCUGGAACCCCAGAAGCGGAAGGCGGCGGCGCCUAUUCCUCCAAAAGGCGAUGUGGUCGGCCGGUGCGGGCACCAAGCUGCCCUGCCCCCGGGACUCUGCGCUUCGGCGAGCGGCUUUCUCCGGAAACCUCACCGCCCUGCCUUCUCACCUCGUGCCCGCCGGCCGCAGCGUCCGGGUCUUCAUCAGCGCCAACCCUGAAGACACGGGGGCAGAAAGACAGACACUAAGAGAAAAUGUGUAUCCUAAAUUGAGAGAAUUCUGCAGAGAAAAUUAUGGAUUAGAAUUUCAGGUGAUAGACCUGUACUGGGGAGUGGACGAGGACGAGUGGGACAGCCCGGAGCUGCAGAAGACGCGCAUGAGGCUGCUGGAGGACUGUCUGAAAACUUCUGCAGGUCCAUGUUUUGUUGGACUGUUAGGGGAGAAAUACGGGAACAUCCGAAUCCCCGGAGAAGUGGAAGCCUCAGAGUUCGAGAUGAUUUUGGACGCUGCCGUCGAGGCCAAGCUGGAGACGCAGCUCCUGGAAGAGUGGUACUGUCGGGACGAGAACUCCGUGCCAGCGGCUUAUUACCUCAGACCCAAAUCAGAAAUGCUGAAGAGCAAUAAAAAUGGAAUGCAGCCAUCUGCCAACGCUGAGAAUGGGAAGACCUGGCAAGAGAUAUCUGACGAGAUCAAAAAGAUAUUUAAGGCUGCGGUGAAACUGUUGCAUGAAAAGGGGAAAAUGAAGCACGGCCAAGCUAAGAGGUACCUGUUCUCAGCCAUAGAGGACGAGUUCGACUUCGCUCUCGGGAAGCAGACGCCAGCAUUCCUGAAGAAGUGCGUCUGCUACAUCAGGAAAAUUGCCAACAUUGAGCGUUUUGUCAAAAUCCCAGAGAUGGGAAAAUACAUGGACGUAACUGGAACAGAACCAAGGAUCAUUCGGGACCCAGAAGCCCAAGAGAAGCUGAUAAAACUCAGGGAUGAAUUUAUUCCGACUAUUGUCGCGUCAUCUAAUCUCCGGGUGUACACAUCGGUCACUCACUGUGACAUGAAGCUCGGCUAUUCCCAGGAAAUAGAAAAUCAUUACAUCGAAGGACUGGGCAAACAGUUUUAUGAGGACAUGAUUGAUAUAAUUCAGGCAACGGUACAGCAGAACUUUGACACUGAAACCGAUACGCUCUACGACGAAAUCCUCCAGCAUUCGUCGUUAUGUAAAACAUACGCCUCUUUCUACGAGUACAAAUGUGAAUCUCUAAACAUAGUUCAUAAAUACAUCCUCCCGAGCAAAACCGGGCACAUCCACCCGCUCAUUGUGUACGGCGGGCCAUGCACGGGGAAGACGCUUCUGCUAGCCGAAGUAGCAAAGAAGGCUUAUGGCUGGCUACAUGAAGACACAGGACCAGAAUCUGACCCAGUAAUCGUUGUGCGAUUUCUAGGAAGCACAGACAUCAGUACUGACCUCAGGACUGUCCUCCUAAGUGUUUGCGAACAAUUGGCAGUGAACUACCGGUGUCUGGUCCAGAGCUACCCUAAGAAGAUUCAUGACCUCCGUGACUUGUUCAUAAACCUUUUGAAUGAGUCUUCAUUGCAGAGGCCUCUAGUAAUAAUAUUCGAUGCCCUAGAGCAGCUCUCAGAGAGCGACGAGGCCAGGAAGCUUUGGUGGCUCCCUGCUCACCUGCCCCGCUUCGUACGGAUAGUCCUGUCCACACUGCCCAACAAACACGGGAUCCUGCAGAAACUACGGUGCCUUAUCCACGAAGAAAACAAUUACAUCGAGUUGAUUCCCCGCGACAGGAAGAUGUGCAGCCAGGUCCUCAAACACCAGCUGCUGCGAGUCAAAAGGAAGGUCACAUCAGGCCAGCAGAUUUACGUGAACAAUGCGUUCUCCAAGUGCACGCUGCCCAUGUUUGUGAACCUGACCUUCAGGGAGGUGAGACAUUGGCGAUCUCACAAAGACGUCGAUGAAUCCUCCCUCUGUGUCACUGUUCAUGAAAGCAUAGAGCAGCUAUUCUCGUCCUUAGAGAAGAAGUGUGGUCAGAAACUGGUCUCCAGGGCUCUUGGCUACAUCACCAUGGCCAAAAUGGGCCUGAGUGAAAUGGAACUGGAGGAUGUGUUGGCCCUAGACAACAGUGUUAUGAAUGAGAUCACGGAGAACUCCAGGCCCAGCAACCCCCUGAGGGUACCUUAUUUGUACAUCGCGAGACUCAAGGAGGGUCUCAGUGGGUACUUAAUAGAAAGACACGUGAAGAACAUCACCCUCCUGGUCUGGGCCAACAGACACCUGCAGCUCAUAGCCCAGAAGCUGUACCUGAAGGACGACAGUGACCUGCAUGAAAUGCACACCAUCCUGGCAGAUUAUUUUCUGGGGGUCUGGUCAGGGGGCAGGAGGAAAGCUUUCUGCCUCGAAGACCCCUACUUGAAUGGCUGCCUCGACUUGGAAAGCAGGAGCCUGCUUGAGGAAGAAAAGCACUUCAUGGAACAGGCUUCUUUUGACAGGCAGGCCCCAGACCAGCCUUGGGUUUUCCAGUGUAACCCACUGGAGCCUGACAUCUUCUUCGUCAAUCACCGGAAAAUGUCCGAGCUCUUGCACCACCUGACGCGGUGCGGGAAAACCGACGACCUGCUUUAUGGCAUCAUCAUGAACUUCAGCUGGCUUUACACCAUGGUCAAAAUCGGCCAGUUCGACAAAGUGCUCUCGGACAUCGAGCUGGCUUACAACUACACGCAAGAGAAGGAGCUGAAGUUCCUGGCCAGCACCCUCCGCGGCAUCAAGAACAAGAUCGUGGCCUUCCCUGGCUCCCUGUCAGCAGAGCUGCAGCAGAGGCUGCUGCCUGUCGUCAGUUCCCUGCCCAAGCUGAGACACCUUCUUCUGGAGUGCGACAAAGACGGGCCCAAAUACUGCUCCAUUGUGCCGUUACACUCAUCCAUGGACGUGACGUACAGCCCAGAGCGUCUUCCCUUGUCGUCUAGUCACCUGCAUGUCACUGAGAUUCUGCCAACUUCUAACCCCAGCACGGUCCUCGCUGCUUUAGAAAAUGGCUCUAUCAGCACAUGGGACGUGGAAACUCGUCAGUUACUCAGGCAAAUCACAACAGCCCAGUCUGUCAUCCUGGGCAUGAAACUCACCAGCGACGAAAAGUAUCUUGUGGUGGCGACCACCAAUAACACCUUGCUGAUUUACGACAAUGUCAACUCCUGUCUCCUGUCCGAAGUGGAAAUCAAAGGGACCAGGCACGGAAGUGGCUCCCCCUACAUCAAUGGAUUUACCCUGUCUGUCAACCAUGCCCUUGCAUGGCUGGAAGCCAGCAAAGAUGUCACCGUCAUCGAUCUGCUCUACGGCUGGCCCCUGUACCAGUUCCACUGCUGGUAUGAAGUGACGUGCGUCCAGUGCUCUCUGGACGGGAGCUACGCUUUCUGUGGGCAGUACCUGAACACCACCACCAUAUUUCACUUAGGGAGUGGAGAAAAGGUGUGUACCGUGACAUCUGAGUUUUCAGGUGGCUUUGUGCAGUUUCUUCUUAUCUUGGACACGGCUCAAGAAAUGGUCAUGGUUGACAGUGAAGGAAGCCUUUCUGUCUGGAAUACGGAGGACAUUGCCAGCCCCCAGCUGACGGAUGACUUCGACUGCCGGAGAGAAGGCAGCGAGGUGGUCAGCAUUGAACUUUCGGAGGACCAAAGUGCAAUUCUGAUCUGCAAAGCCCUCAGCAUUGAGCUCUUAGAUACCGGCAUGUGGAAGGUGGCGGAAAAGUUCAGGGCUAAGCACAACGAACGCUUCAUAUCCGCCGUGCUGUCCAAAAAUGGAGACUGCAUCAUCGCGACCAUGGAAAAUACCUCAGCCGUGUUUUUCUGGAGGCGGGACACGGGACAGUGUAUGGCAAGCCUGCAGGAAAUCUCAGGUACCAUAGUUAAGCUGGUGAAGUCCAGUCACCACAAUAUGCUGCUCUCUUUAUCAACCAGCGGCGUCCUGUCCGUGUGGGACAUCGACAUCAUCACAGCCAUGUCCAACAUAGACAAGACUGGAAAGCCCAUCCAGAGCCUGGUGUUGCCUGCUAGAGGGGAAAUCAUUUACUCCCUGGAUGGCUCUGACUGUGUUCACAAGUGGAACUUCAGCAGCGGGUUCAUCGAAGCCGUGUUUAAGCACGAAGGGAUCGUUGAACACUGCGUGUUGACAUCCUCUGGAGACAUCAUGGUGACAGCAGAUGACAAAAGCAGCCAGUACGUCUGGCACACCAACAGCGGUGACAACCUCUUCCGAAUCAAUGGGCAGAGAAUCUCUCAGCUGCUCAUCACACACAACGACCAGUUCGUGGUCUCUCUGUGCGAGGAAAACGCCUCGCGGGUGUGGAGACUGGCCACGGGCCACAGGGUCUGCAACAUCCUGACCACGCUGCAGAACGCCUUCAUAACCUCCGCGAACACCUUCGUGGUGGGGAUGACCAAGAGCAAGGUGCUGGCGGUCAGCCUGUGGACGGGAAGCAUCACCAAGAAGUUUUGCUGUGAGGAUGGCACCUCCAUUGUGAGUUUCAAGCUGAUCCCCGACUGCCCCGACGUCGUCGUGUUCAUCACGUCGGCCGAGACGGUGAACGUCUGGAGUCUGACGGACGAAGUGAUCUGCCGCCGGGUGCAGCUCCCCAGCAACUUCCUGAAAAGCCUAGAGGAUUUUGAAAUUUCUCCCAAUGGGAAGUUAGGCAUUCUAUCCCGGGGAGAUGAAAAUAUCAACGUGCUAGACUUACACAACGGCAAACUGCGGGUGGUUCACGCCUCCGGGGUCAUCUGGCGGCAGAGGCUGUCUCGGGACGGCCGGUACCUGGUAUACAUCUGUUUCCGAGGCGGGGAGGAGGAGGAGGAGGAAAACGGGGCCACGUCCAGUUUAAUUGUCAUGAGACUGGCCGACGGCAAAAACAUCGGUGCUUGUUCCCUGUACAAAACACCCACUUUCCUCGCGCUCUCCCAGAGGCACCUGAACAUCGUCGUGGGCUUUGACGACGGGAGCAUAGGGAUAUACACGGUGGUGGACCGCGUGGAUGCCGCGCUGAAGAUUAAAAUCGCCACUUCAAACAGCAGACAGAUAUUCAACAACGCGGCACAGACGUCCAGGCCAAAGUGCAGCAGUCACUGUUUCAAAGUGUCUGUGGACUGCUUGUGGAGGGAGUCGACGGAGGUCUUCGCACGAGACAGCCCCAUCACAGUGAGUGACUCGGCGGAGUCGAACGAGGCGACGCCCUCCAAGAAACACAACUCUUGCUAUGAGCGGAUGUGCUCUGUCCUGGAGCCCAGGGGCCACAGCUAUGGCCCUGACAACUGACGGGAGUGUUCGUCCUGCUCAGCGGAAAUGCGAGAUACAUGCAAAAAAGAGUGGGGUCGGGGCGUGUCUUCUGUGUUCCGAAUGAUAAACUCCUCGUUUCUGAAAAACGCAAGAAAGGGGAUGGAGCUCCAGCGUUAGUCAUUAACAUGUCCAUGAAGUGUACGGAAAUGUGAAAUUGGUUUUGGGUUUGUUUUGUUUUUUUGUCAAAGUCUUUCCAGGAAUGAAGUCUUGAGACUUUUCUAGAGAAUUUGUAGAAACCAUAUUUAAAUGGCUACAUCAGUCAGGGGACAGGGGGGUUAGAAGUUUUAAAAUUGUGGGGGGAAGAAACAACAUAACACAUCCCACUGGUUCAGACGAGAGAGGCUAGAGACCAUUUGGACCAGAACUGAUUUUAUAGACAUCGGUGGAAAUCGUGAACACAAAGAGCUGUUUGACUUCAAGUGGUGGUGUGGCCAUAAGUAAACCCAGCCUUAAUCUCCUUACAUUUUACAGUCCUGACAACUGUGUAAAUCCAGUCUGCUGACGGAAGGGCAAAUGGUGCAAAAUCAUGUAACAAAAAUGCCCAGACGUACUCCCUGUCUCCCAAGGGAACAGGCGUGAACUGUGUGGCCACGAGCUGGACUGGGACAGGAACUACCCACCCCGUCACUGGGCUACUGAGCACAUAGAGAAAAUACAGCCGUGGCGAUUGCAUGCCGGGGUUUCCGUAUAGCAGAACACAUGGUUUAAAAUAACUGUUUCCUGGGCUACAAAAGAACACAUUGAAUAAGAAACCACAAUCUUUUUGUGUCUUUUUUCAAUGCCUGCCUGUGCCGGGCAUAAGGAAGACUUACAGGAAGGGCAUUACAGGUUUGAUCCGAACACCUGCUCACUUUUGUCAUUGUGCUAACAAAAGUCUGUGCUGUUCAGUCCGCUGUACGGAAGCGUAAAUGGUUUCCUAAAUCCCUGCAGUAAAUCCCAGUGGAAGGACAGCUUUCUCGACAUGCCAUCUACGGAACGCUGACGACACCUGCCUUACUCUCAUGCCUCUCUUUCCCUGGGUGAAAAGCAGACAGAUGACCAAAUGCUCUGAGACACACUGAAGAUGCCUGUGUUGUGCUAAAACAUGCCAUCCGUCUCUGGGGCUUCCCAGGGUCCUUUACUGUCCCUGUUUGUAAGCACUUUCUUACUUCUGUACACUGGAUGUAUGCUUCUUUUUCUGUCACCCUUCCCGCUUGAGGACUCUUUGGAGACUUUUCUAGUCUUCUCUGUUUCAAAGCAGAAGCUGUGAAAUGUACUAAAUCUUU